GCUUUGCUUUCCUGGGUCAUCCAUUCCCCGGUCAGCCUACUCGGACGAGCAAAACCUGGCCUCGGCGACCCCCUCCCGAGCUCCGCCCGAGGCGCCCAUCAGUUGCAAACAAGGUGCUAAUUGGCCUCCUGGGAAUCCGAGACAGUCCCCGCCCCACGAAAGCCCCACCGAAGAAUUAGGCGCUUUGGAGGGGCGCGGAGACUUCGCCUCGCUCCAGGCCGCGGCUUUGCAGUGAAGCAGCCAUGUUGGGUUCCUCUGCAGGAUGUCAAGGGACAGGAGCACAGCCUGGAGUCCUGCCCUUUGCCCAGAGAAGAGUUUUAUGCCCUCCUACCAUCUCAGGAAGAGUUGCCAAAAGACAGACAUGGCCCAUUCUCUUUACCAUUCUUGCUCUUUUCAUUACCACUGCCGCGAGCAAGGAAGAUCAUGCCUUUUUAAAUACAGUUUCUGGUACCAGCUGGCCAACUUCUAGGGUCACAAUCAUCUCUACUGAAAAACCCACAAACCUUGGAUACACCCAACCGGGCCAACAAAGAAAGGACUCGGCUUUUACUAGAUCAUUUCAUCGAACUGGGGUAGGUCAGAUAAAUGCUAGCCAGCCUCAUACCCCUCCUCCUGAACAUGCUGAUACUCUCAGUGAUAAGGGAAAAAGGACCGAAAGACCUUACUUAACAUCAGCUAGUGUUAACUCAAUGGGUACAAGUCUUCAGGACUUAGUUUCUCCCAUUGGAACAGCUUCUCUUGGUACUACUGAGGGAGGAUCAGUGUUUCUUCAUUCAAGUAGUGAAGGAGUAGCCCAUAGUUCUGCUGCUUCCAAGCUCUUCAAACCUCCUACCAGUAUCUUACCUGGUUUCACUUCUAUUCCAUCUUACGUUGCAAGCUCAAGGAAGAUGCUCUUUGAGCAGACUACCAUGUAUAAUGAAGAAUAUGAUACUGCUCAACUGGUUGCUACCAGCCCCCCUACAGGUGUCACCAUUCCUGUAACUCAACACCUCUCCUCCCUUUGGGUCUCUCCUAGAUACUCAGUUGAAACCAUAGCUCAUGUUGCUGUGCCUACUUCUAUAACCUUGACAAGAUUGGAGUCAGAAAAGACCACUGGUGUUUCUACUGGGCAGCAACUGGAACCUCUGAACAUCCAUUUUUCUUCACAUGGACCCAUUUCCAGAAUUAUUGAGUCACAUGAGGUUUUUCCUCUGUCAACUGCAAUUGAUAGAUCCCAUCCUGAUCCAGAGAAUUCCACAACAAUCCAUAUGGGAAUAGCUGUUCCUUAUGAAGAAAGUGACAUAGUCCCACCUAUCCAUAGCUUUGUUACAGUAGUGAGUUCUUCAGGCCAACAAUCCACGGCAGAUUCCAUCUUGCAGGGAUCUCAACAACUUGAAGUCGGUUUUACGUUGCCAUUGAGAAAUGCCAGCAUUGGUGUAGGUUUCUUGAAUCAUCAGACUUCAAGAUCUUCACCACUUAGCACGCUGCUUUCUGGAAGUGCUAAAACUGGGUUUAGGGUUCCCCUUCUCCAGACAGGUCUGUUGGAAACUACAGCUAACACUAUUGAUUACAGGAAGCCAUUGAAGACUGAAUAUCAUGGAAGAAAGGGACAGACCACAGCAGGUAUGAAAGAGAUACCUACCUCAAAGUCUCCUUUUACUGCUGUGGAGACUGAUUCAAUCAGAGAACUGGCCAGUGUUCAACCAGUAGAUGCUUUGCCAAAGAGGGGAACUGGAGCUACUCCAUUGUCUUCAACAUCGAAGGAGUCUUCUGAGCCUGAAACAAUUACAGAUUUCUUGGUGACAAAAGUAGUUAGUCUUGGUACUGAAAAAAAUGACUCUACUCUUCCAUCACUCCCAUAUUUAGAUACGGUAGCGUUUCUACAGCCAAUUAGAGCAAUCUCGGCUGGAAUGACACAUACUGGUCUUCCAGGAGGACAUACCACUAGUGCUACAGUGGAGUCUUUUGAUAGUCCUUCUACUGAACAGAAACAUGCCAGUCCAUCACUGUCUCAUGCCACAGUUUCUCUUCCAGAUCUGGUAGAACUUGAUAGAUCGUUAGUCAUGCCAUCCCAUGGCUCUUUAUCAGCAAACUUUACAUCCAUUCCCUUCUCUAGAAUCAGUGUUCCUGAGUCAACUUUGAAAAUGUAUAUUAACAUUACAGAGGGCUAUUUGGCUAGGAAGGGGCAGAUGGUGCCUAGAACUACACUGCCGUUGAGUGCCACCCAAACAGCCACACCACUUUCUCUAGAAUCAAGUAAUACAAUGGGUGGAGUAGCACCGUUCUUACCUACAAAAGCUCCUAAAGUUGGUGUAAAUACGUCUGCUGUGAUGUUUGACUUGGGGAGUGAGUUGGGAUACAAGGUUACAGGUACCUCCACUGCAGAUGUCCUACAAAGGAUUGGCACAACAGCUUUGCACAUACGCAGCUCGAGAUUCACCAAAUCCAAUAACUCUGAGGUUCCUGCACAUCCAUCAUCUGUCCUCGAGACCAAAUCCACCCAGGCAACCCCUGUGUUUUCUGCUACAACUACACUAUUGACCAGUCUAAGAACUCUUCCAGUUGAGUCAAAAUCUACUAAAAGAACCACUUGUGAGAACAUCCCUUGCCCAGUGAGUGUCUUCACACCAUCUCAGAGUACAUCGGGUCAAGUCAUUACAUCCUCACCAUUCUUGACUAGAAAGUUUUUGAUUACUAUCUUGGGGACAGUGGAUCCCAAUAAGAAUGUGACCCCUGCUGCUCUUGAUGCCAGGGUGUCCAGGUCAGAAGAGAUAGAGACAACUGUGUUACCCAGAACAAAAACCGUGACUGGAGUCCAACAUGAUCACGCUUCACAACAGCCCAGGUCCAAAUUCACAACUCCACUGUUGAACCAGUCAGUGAAGAAGAAUUUGAUCCUAAGUAAACCCAUCUCACCUGUUCCAACAGUGCAUACUCUAUCUUUGUGGUUUCGUCUCAUCAAAAUACAAUAUAAACACUCCUUGAAGAACAGGUCUUCUAAAAGCUACAUGAAACUGGAAAAAGAAAUUAAGUUAACAUUAAACAAGAUACUAUCUACCUAUGAGAGCUUUCUGCAAACAAAGAUUCUCCAUUUCUUCAAUGGAUCCGUGACAGUGGAGAGCCAGGUGGUCUUCCGGGCAACGGGCCCUCUUCCCACCCCCUCUGACAUCAUCCGGACAAUUGUGACAGAGGUUGAGCUCCGGGGAAUGGAUGCCUUUUUUGACUGGAGGAUGGAUGUGAAAUCUUUGCACUCAAAUGGAUUCAGCUUGAAAAAUCUAGAACCUGAGAACUUGGCCAUAUCUUUCACUCUACUGGGACUGAGGUCCACAUCAGCCUUUGGUGACAAGAUCCUUGGAGAACACUUGGAAAGUGUGAAAAUCAAGAUGAAACAUUUGCUUGGAACCCGAUAUGCAGUUCAUUUGAUCUCACUUGUUGACCUCAGAAAUAUCCAAGGUGGCAUUGGUAUAAAUGGAAAUAUCUUCAUCAAGAGUGAUGCUCAUGUGGACAUUGGCUGGGCUCUGAAAGCACUGACUGGGCUUUCAAACUUCUCAGUGGACCUCAUCUCGCUCUCCAUCAAUGGUUCAAGGCUCAGUCUUCAGGUCUUUCCAGUUUCAUUCUUGGUAACCAACAGAAUAUUCAAUGAGAAGAUGUUGGACCGUUCUUCUGUAGAACAUCAGAACAUUGCAAAGGAUCUUUCUGAUACACUUACACGUAUACUUGGCAAAUAUGAAAAUCUCCUCCAAGUGGCAAUCCGUAAGAUCACAGGUGGCUCUCUGGUUUGUCACGGGGAUGUGAUAUUCCAGCGUCCAGCUCCAAGCAACAAGGAUGUCCUACAGACCCUGGCAUUCUCGGUUGGCCCAAAGGGUUACCUGGAUUCAUCAAGCUUUCAAGUGGAUCCAUUCUCCUUUACUGUCGCAGGUGCUGGGCUGGAGCCUUCCUUGAAAAAAUCAGGUGUUCCUGGCUAUGCUGUAGCCCUCAUCAUCUUGUGUCUCCUCGCUUUAAUUGCUGUCCCCAUCUUCAUUUGGCUGCCAAAAGCGCUUGGCCGGCGAGACAAGAUUACAAUUAACGGAGCGCGUGAUAUUGAAGUAGAUGUAGAGGCAUUUGAGCUGGAUAAUCCAGGAUACCAUGCGACUAUUGAAGAGGAAGAGAGCAACCAUUCCUGCGUUCUCAUGGAAGCCAUUGGCUAAAGGGAUGAUGAUCUUCCCAUGAAGAGGAGCCAUUUUAGUCCAUCCUGAGUUAAGGCCCUUAUCAACAAUGGUGACUCCUGAAGGGCCCAAAGUAUUGAAUUGCCAACAGUGACUUCCAAAUAUGUAGGGUUACUCCUACAGAUCUCAAAGCAAAGUGAAUCUUCCUGCAUCUUCAGCAAGAUUGGAAGGAUACCGGAAUGUCUGAACCGGAACAAAAACAUAGCCGUUCCUCUUUGUCAAUGCCACGAUUCAUAACUGGACAAUUUAUUAAAUUGGAAUUUGAGUUUUAUUACAUGGAAAAACAAACUCUCUGAAACCAGACAUGUCAAAGGCAGCUGGCUCUGUUCUGUUAUGAGCUUUUAAGGAAGGGCAGUUUGGAUGCAGAACUCAUGCAGGCUGGCCAAAGUUUCUACCAUUCUUCUGCAUCCGUGGCUAGAUGUCCACACGCAGAUGUUUUCUCCAAAAGUAGCAUCACAGCUUCUUUUAUUAUACUAAGUUGGAUCUUUUAAACGAUGUCUUUAAAGUAUUUCUUACUAUCUUUGCACCAAAGAGAAUGAAACUAUUCUGUUUUUCUAAUUUUUCAGAUGUAAAAGUUCAGUGUUGGGGGGCGGGAAACUCUGGUUAGUUAGAUUUUGAAUUUUCUUUAAGGUGGGGAAAGCCUUGGAGUAGGAAAAAAAUGGCUUUUGGUUUAAAUACCUGAUGGUUACAUUUCAACACCUACAAAUCUGGAAGCUGUGAAAACAUUACCCUUCCAGGAAUCUGAAGGAACUUGGCACUGCAGCUUUUUUUAUUUUUUAAAACACAUUAUAUUCAUAGCCUGUGCAAACCAGGAAAAAUGCAAUUUGAAGGAUUGGCUGGAUUUGAAAAAUCGAUUGGAUGAUUCAGAUCAGUUCAGGACAACUGAUCCAAAUGUCCAAACUGAUGGAGAAAAGACAAUUUCUGUGCUCAAACCAAAAUACCCUGGCAGUUACUCAAUUCAGCUCUCCAGUAAGGUUGAUUCAAUGCACAGAUUGAAUUGGAUUGACUCCAAAUUAAAUCUUUGCAGAACCAGAGUAUGCACGUACCAGCUCCUUGCUGCUAUUCUGAGCUGAAUUGGGGUCUUUCUGCCUCUUUUUUGCUUCCUAAGAUAACACCAGCACGAAAUCAACACUAGUCUUCCAACCAAAGCUCGAUUCUCCAAAGUUGCUUUUCAGGAUUGUUUGGAAUUCCGAAACCUUUACUGUAUGUCCAGCGCACUCUUUAAGAAGCAAGCAAACCAGAAUUGUAGAUGAACCAACUAAGGCAAAGUGGAUCUUUUGCUUAAAUUUAUUAUUGUGAUGAUGUAGAGAACCAGUAACUUUAAUUCUUCCUUUCGUUUUAUUGCUGGCUUGGCAAUCGUCCUAGCUUAAUUGCCUUAUUCUGUUACAUAGCUUUCCAGAUGUUGUUAACAUCUACAUCCCCCAUCAGUCCCAGGAAGGAUGGGAGUUGCAGUCUAAACAUUCCUGAAGUUUCACCCGUUGCCUGUCACAGCUGCAUCCCUUCUGCAGUUUUCGGAAAGGUGAAAUAUCCACUUUGUUGAGUUGCCGUUCAAGACAGAAGCUGCCACUUUUAAUGGCUGAAUUUGGCUUUUUUCCCUGGCACUUGGCUCUGUCCUAAGUUCCUUGGUCUCACCAUCUGGUGGACUUUAUUGUUUGUUUUAAUAGCAAGCAAGUCAAACCGGCUUGCUGAAUUGACCGACUUCUUUCAGGCUGAUGGCCACCAAUUCAAAAUCUUCGGUUGUAUUAAAAUCUAGUUCUGAAUAAAUUGUAAGAAAUUACUUUCCUUCAGAAUGCGCUUUAUUGGGGGAUCUGGAUGUGUCUUGAGAAAGAUAUCUGCCUGAAAUCCUGGGAAGUUAACUAUGGUUUCUUGAAUAAACCACAAUUGGCAGGGCUCGCACAAAUAUGCUAAAUCAGAAAAACAGACCGUAUUCUGUGGUUGGGUUCACAUGUUAUGCUAAACCAAAAUGUGGUAUAUUUGGUUUUGGUUCAGUUGUGGAUCUAUGUUUUGGUGUGAACUUAUAACCAAAUGGCUAUUUAGACCAAUGUUUUUCAACCUUGGUCACUUUAAGA